CACCCCAGCCGGCCAGUUAAUGAGUGACCAGGGCCUGGAGCCUGGCCUAUAAGGAGCUGCUCAAUAGGGAAGCAGGUGGGAGCCAGGUGGACGGCGACACGGAGGACCCGAGACGGGCAGCAGGACCAUGGGGCUCCUGUCGGGGGUGGCUGUGGUCCUCCUGGUGCUGUUGCACAGCACACAGUCAGUCUACAUCCAGUAUCAAGGCUUCAAGGUGCAGCUGGAAUCCGUGAAGAAGCUGAGUGACCUGGAAGGGUACCAGAUGACCCACAGCAGCAAAAGCCCCCAGCCUGCUGUGUGCCACCACCCGGCGCUGCCCCUGGACCUCCGGCCCAUCUGUGCCUUGCAGGAAGCGGCCAGCAUCUUCGACACCUUGAGACACAUCGCCGUGGACGACUGUGAGCUAUGUGUGAACGUCGCCUGCACCGGCUGCUUCUGAGAUGGCCCGGGUACUGGAGCCCACCCUGGAGCCCUGGACCGUCAGCUGUCUGUCCUGGCAGCCUCCCACCCCAGCCGAGCUCGGGCGGGGCCCCUGGCCCCCAAGGGCCAUCACUGCCUUCCCAGGGCCCAAGCAGCCAGAUCUGAUGCAAAGGACAUGGGACAGGAGGAGGGCUUAUCCCCAAGGCAGCCCUGCUUCUA